AUGGAGGAGCACAUCCAGGAGGUUCACCAACAGGGUUUUAUGUCCACCUCCCCUGCAUUAGCAGGCUUCUUCUUUGUAGUCAAGAGGGCCACCUUGGAGGAUCACAUCACCCACGUCAGAGUAGUCCUGGAACACCUCCUGGAGAAUCACCUGUAUGUGAAAGCGGAGAAGUGGCAGUUCUAUCAGGCCGCUUUCUACUUCUUAGGAUACCAGAUCAGUCCACAGGGAGUGACGAUAAAGAAGAGGAAGGUCGAUACAAUCAGGUCAUGGCCAGUCUCAACCACCAUAAAGGGGCUACAACAUUUUUUGAGGAUUGCUAACUUCUACUGCCGCUUCAUUAGGAACUUCAGCUCUAUCGCUUCUCCUCUCACCUCUCUCCUCAAGGGUGGUCCCCAUAAGUUGGUGUGGAGUCCAGCAGCCGAUAAGGCCUUCCGUAUACUGAAUGGACGUUUCCCCUCCACCCCGUUGCCGAAACACCCAGAUCCUACGUUGCCCUUCAUGGUGUAG